CGAUCCUUUUUAGAAGACGACCGACCAGCUGAUCCGGAGACAUUCAGCCACCCUGUUUCUUGGUUGUGUGGUUCUUUUACCUGUGUCAAAAGCGUGAAUGGGAUUCGCCGGAGAGAAUUGAAUGAAAUAACGUGCUACACUCAAGAAUGAAGUCAUCUCCUUGGUUGAUACUGGUUCUACUUUCGGUGACUUCAACCAUCCAUGGCCAAGAUCAAGAUGACGGUACAGACCUUUUCGGCGAGAAAAUUUCGAACUAUCGCAUCCUGAACGAUCCCUUCCGGCGUCAAAAGCUGAAUUUACUCUGGACGAAAGCUCGGAAGCAGCUCACGGAGGGGAAGUUGGAAAAACUCUACUCAGAAUUGAAAAUCCAAGACAAGGAAGAGAUGACCUUAAAACGACUCAAGACCGAAAACUCCGACAAGGACGGCAUGGUUGAAGCUAAUUUGAGGAAAAAGUUCGGCGCUAUUUUAAAGCGUUAUGGUCUGGAGUCCUAUCAUCCGGAUGUGAUUCCCAAGGAUGAUGGCGUGGCGGCCAAUAAAGGCAUGGGCUAUUUCAAGGAUAAGAAGCUCAACCGUCUGUGGGAAAAGGCCGAAAAGGCCGGAUUGAGUCAGGACGAGUUGCUCACGUUGAAACAAGAAUUCAAACAUCAUCAGGACAAAGUUGAGCAAUAUCACGAUUUGUUGGAGAUGCGUGAGGAGUUGGGUUCGGAUUUCAAUCGAAGGAAGAAUCACAUUCAACUCAAUGACGAGGAUGAAGAAAAGAACCAUCAACGACACGACAAUGAAGUCGUCAACAACGCCCGAAGCAUCAAAGAGGAUUAUCAUCGGUUGCACAGACUCGCCACCAACACCCAUCCCAAGGAGUUUGAAGAGGAUAAAGUUCAAGCGCUCUGGUCCUUGGCGAUGGAGGCCGACUUCUCAAAGGACGAGUUAGAGUCGAUUCGCAACGAGCUUCAUCAUUUUGAGGUACGGAUCCAAAAGCUUGAUUUUCUAGAGCGCGAGCUCAAGAUGGUGGACGAGCGACAUGGCGGCCAUUUGCAGGAAGAUCGCGAGAAAACCGAAGGCCGGAAAAUUAUGGACAAGAAGCUGAAGAAGCAUCUCGACACUGUCGAUCAACUUCAAAAGGACUUGGAACUUAAAAUCGUGGCCAGACACGCCGAACUCUGAACUUCGUAGCCCCAAAAGCCUUUCUACCUGCACAUAAGUGAUAGAUUUCACAACACAUUCCACGUAUCAGUCAGAAUAAAUAUGAUCUAUUUUAAGGCAAAAACCA